AUGACCCGCGCACCUGCGCCGCAGGAAAUCCCCGGAAAUGACAUCACACGUUUACCUUAUCGAGAGCAGCUCCAUCAACCCAUCAAGACGAGCACAGCAACCUUUGCCCAGCUACAUCCCUGGACUCGCAAGACCCUUUCUACUGGAUGCCUUGUCUUCCCCCCAGUCUCAGUCCAAGUCCAAUUUCUCAAUCGAACCCUCUGCACAUUCAUCUACAGUAGCUCACCACACAUCACAAUGGCAUUCGCGCUCUUCUCGCCUUCCCCCACGAUUCUCCGUCUGGGUCUGGGCCUCGGAAUCGGCCUUUCGGCCGCUAGCCUUCAUCCCCAGUCCCCUUUUCGAGCUGCGCCUCUGCGAUGCGACUGGGCACCGUCGGGCUCGGGCUCGGGCUCGGGCUCCCGAUCGACGGGGCCAGAGAUCAAUUUCCCAGGGCGUGCGAGUGAGCCGAGUAUUGCGACACAGGCCAAGAACACACUCUUGACACCGGAGAAUAUGCGCCAAGUUAUGGUGGUAUUGGGAAUGGGUGUUGUUCUUGUUGAGUGGGCUGCCUCAAAGGGAUACAAUAUUCUUCCAAUGGAUCGAUUGACUGGGUAUAUCAAGAAUACGGAUGUGCGGCGCAUGGUCCAGGAGAACCGGCCAUUCAAGAUCAGUUUUGGGGCCAUGAUGGCGAUGGCAGCUUUUGCGCAAUUUUGA